CUUUGGCUUCCCUCCAUAGUCGGCGUUCGUUGGCAGCCGGAUUAUGCCCAACGUCUCGAAGGUAGUGAGCUGCCGGAUCUUGCGGUGGGAGAGGAGCACGGAGUCUCCUACCGGAGAUUCGUGGACGACGUCUUGAAUCUGGUCUGUUUCGCCAAAUGGACAUCGAACGGCCACAUCGCCAGAAGCGUAACUGCUCGGUGACUGACUCGGUUUGUCGCGAUGUUGUGACGGCGGUGUCGAACACACCUUCACGGCUGACGUACACCACCUCUUCAUCCGCAUUGAAGUACCCUGUCCUUGCGGUAGGCUACAAUUGCGCAGCACGUCUUGGGUGGUCUUUGACAAUGGAGACUCGAGCGACAGGGUGGUCGCGGCGGGGCGUGAGUGCGAGAACAGCGUGGACAGUGCGGACGUGUGGACGACGAGGCAGGGCGAUCUGCCGAUGUUCACCGCGGACACGACAUAACGCACAAGAAAAUAAUAGUCUCGUGGUCCGCGGUCCUGUACACUGCGGAUGUGUCGAUGCUGUGGAACCGUCCUCAAAGAGUAGCGUCUUCCGUAUCCCGGGCCAUCCACAUCCGUGGCCACCUGCGGACAGCUUUGACUCCGAGAGGAGUAGGCGGAGAUAUCACAUCGUCUCCGAUGUCCUGCCAGAUUUUAGAGCAUCGCUCCGUACGCAUGGUGGCCGACCGUCGUUUGUUGGACUGCGCGGACCUCGACUAGGGUGAAGGAGAAAAACGCGUUCCCGCACACGCAUGGACAGAAGGCACAUCUGGCUCGUUUAACAUGGCUGUCUCUUCGGCGACGCGAUCUUUCUGCAUCUGCAAGCCGGCCGGCACGGUUCAGUUGGGCCUUUCGCAGAAUCCGCGUAGAGGCUGUCAAUGCUGCUGUGACGUGGCUGGGAUGGAAUUGGAUGCAGAAGCGAUUGCCACGAUCCGUUCGUCUAGAUGGGUGGUCUCGGCUGCCGCGUUGGCCCGUGCUUGAAAUAUGACAGGAAACAUACGAGCCGUGUCCUCUGUUCGUA